AUGGGGUUCUUCAGCCUCAUCCUAAUCGUCGUUCUCCUUGGUGCAGGCGCCUUGUACCUGAACCUGGACCGAAUCGUCAACUAUGUAGCCCAGAUCCUCGUCGACGCCUCGAAAAUGGAUAUUACCUCCAUUGAAAUAACCAAUUGCGAUGAGACUGGCUUCACAAUAAACCUCAGCGCAAAGAUCUACGACACCGGGCCCCUGGAAGCCACCAUCUCAGACAUGACUCUCUCGAUGUUCUCCACCAAGUCGGGCAAGGAAUUCGCCAGGGUCAGACUCCCGUCCAUCAACGCAACACCGUCAGGGACAGUCUGCGAAGUGUCCAACCAGCGUGUCGAGAUCCUCGAUUUUGACGCCUUCAACACCUUCAACAGGAACCUGCUGCUGCAGGAGGAGCUGCCUGCGUACGUCAGCGGCAGCGGGACGCUCACCAUCCCGUGGCCGUUGCGGCUGAGCACCACGGUGCGGUACGAGAAGGUGGAGGUGCUGCGCGGCCUGGACGGCGUGCACAUCAGCGUGCUCGAGACGAGGAAGCCGUCGGGUUCCCUGCUCAAGGGGAAACCGACCGAGAUCGAGGUCGACGUGUGCAUCGCGUCGGGCUCGCCGGUGGCGAUCCAGAUGGGCGUGACGCAGGUCUCGAUCGUCUACUCGGGCAUGCGGAUCGCGACCGUCGAGGCGGACCUGUUCCUGAAGCCUGGGGAAAAUCUGGUCACGUUCACGGGCGAGAUGGACUUCUUGUCGAUUGGAAAAAACCUGGGCACUGGGCUGAAGUUUUUGAAGCAGGAUAUUGCUGGUGAUCCGGACAUGACUGCGUUUGUGAAGGGCGCAAAGGGACCUCAGUGCUCCUGGCUUGAUAGGACGAUUCGGUUGAUGGACAGUAAGAUCGUGAUGGGUUCAACUAUGGCGGACCUGGUUAGGAGUAUAUCCAAGGUCGAAGGAAGCCAGUGA